AUGGGCUUGGAACCAUCUUCAGAUGUGCAGCCCUUCAACAUGACAUUUGUGGGCCAGCCAAUCCAGACUUCCACCCCCAUUGGUACCACGACUGUUGGGACCCCCACCACAAUCUUCUUUGGACCCUCAGAAGCCUUGACACAGUACAAUACCUCUAUUCCUGCCACGUCUUCAGUUUUGGCCAGGGUCUCCGAAGCUGAACCUACAAACAAGAACCUCCCGGCGAUAGAGAGGAAGAUGGCCCAUCGGAAGACCAGUAAAUACAACGAACCUCCCAGAGACCCUAAGCGGCUGACACAGGAGCGUCUGGUUGGGGAGAUUGCCUUCCAACUUGACCGUCGAAUACUCUCCCAUAUCUUUCCUGAGAGAGUACGCCUCUACGGAUUCACGGUCUCCAACAUCCCUGAGAAAAUUAUUCAGGCCUCUCUGAAUACUAAAAAUCACAAGUUGGAUGAAGAGUUGUGCCAGACACUCACUCAACGUUAUGUGAGUGUCAUGAAUCAGCUGCAGAACCUGGGCUACAAUGGGCGGGUCCACCCAGGGCUGACGGAGCAAUUGGUUAAUGCCUAUGGUAUCCUGAGGGAACGGCCUGAGCUGGCAGCCUCUGAAGGUGGCUCUUACACCAUGGACUUCCUCCAGCAGGUGAUCAUAGAGACAGUGCCCCCCAGCAUGCUCACUGAUGCCCUGCUUCUUCUCUCCUGCCUCAACCAACUCUCCCAUGAUGAUGGCAAACCUAUGUUCAUCUGGUGACUGAAAUCUGCUAAGC